GGCUAGCGUCCGGGGACUGGGUGGGCGCGUGUCCGAGGGUGGGGUGCGGAUCCGUGCCUUCCCGCCUUCGCCGCGGGAGGCCUGGGUGGAGGGGAGGUCCGGAUCCCCGGUUUCUAAUCGCCCCUCCAAGGUCUCCAGCCCCGCAGGAGUUGAGCAGAAAUGAUCGAGAUAUUACGGCCUCUUAUUCCCCCUCCCCCAGCUCUUGGAGGCCAGAGCACAGAACUGGGGGGGAAUGUCAGUUUCUGUGCAGUCAGUCGGCCUGGGGUUGACUGUCCAGGAAUCCCCGCGGCUCCCCACCUCCACCUCCUACUCCCGCGUGCCCCCACCUGGGGCUGGCUGCGGGGGGCAAGGGGCGGGCUCUGGCCUGCCUCACUGGGGCCUCGGACCGCUUGGAGCCCGGGCUCCUCCUGGCUGCUGGCGACCGGCGCCGCUCCCACCCUUCCCAGGCCUGGCCCUGGGCCCACAGCUGCUGUUGCACAACCCUGGUUAAUGUGUGAUGGGGGGAGGACUGGGCCGGGCCUGGCCCCCAACUCCAGUGGGCUUCAGACCCCUGCCCAGCACCGAGGCCUGAAGGAGCCACAGUGGAACAAAGCCCAGGGUGUAGAGAACUCAGGCUGCAGUGGGACCCCAGUCCCGUUCCUGGUGGUUCCUGGCGAUUUUCAAUUCUGCAACCCGAGCUGGGGGAGGAGCCAGGCCUCUAGUCCUGGGCCAAGAGCGAGGCAGCCUGGUGUGCACACACGUGCCUGGGCCUGCACGUGUACCCAGGCCAGGGAGGGGCCCAGAGCACUUGCUGGCCCCACCCGCACCUGCCCCGUCUCCUCCAGAGCCACCGUAGCAGCCGCCCGGCUAGAGGAGGUCAUGGCUGCCGCAGCCCUCACAAGCUUGUCCACCAGCCCCCUGCUCCUGGGGGCCCCGGUUGCAGCCUUCAGCCCAGAGCCCGGCUUGGAGCCCUGGAAGGAGGCCCUGGUGCAGCCCCCGGGCAGCUACAGCAGCAGCAGCGCCAGUGGCGAGUGGGGCUGGGACCUGGCCAGUGACCAGUCCUCACCAUCCACCCCGUCACCCCCGCUGCCCCCCGAGGCAGCUCACUUUCUGUUCGGGGAACCCACCCUGAGGAAGAGGAAGGUGAGCUUUGGGGAGGGGCCUGGGGCGGGGGCGCCAGGGUUGAGCCUGACUGCCGGCCCCUGUCCGCAGAGCUCCGCCCAGGUGGUGUUCCAGUGCCUGUGGAAGAGCUGCGGGAAGGUGCUGAGCACCGCGUCCGGGAUGCAGAGACACAUCCGCCUGGUGCACCUGGGGAGGCAGGCAGAGCCAGAGCAGAGUGACGGCGAGGAGGACUUCUACUACACAGAGCUGGACGCUGGAGUGGACACGCUGGCUGACGGGCUGUCCAGCCUGACCCCAGCGUCACCCACGGCCUCCUUGCCACCCAGCUUCCCCCGCCUGGAGCUGCUGGAGCUGCCGGAGCCCCCUGUCCUGACCUCCGCAGGCACCCCCCAGGCGUGCCACGGUGACCACGCCUACCAGGCAGGCGAGGCCACAGGCGGCAGCUGGGGGCAGCUCUCGGAGCAUUCUGGAGGCCUGGAGCCGCAGCCCACUGAGGUCAGACCCUGCGUGCCAGCCCUUCCCGCCAGGACGGGCGCCAGCCUGAGGAAGCCCCGGGGUGAUGCUAAGAAGUGCCGGAAGGUGUAUGGCAUGGACCACCGGGACCUGUGGUGCACAGCCUGCCGCUGGAAGAAGGCCUGCCAGCGGUUUCUGGACUGAGCCCCCUGUGCUCACGCAGCCCCCAGGGCUGUUGAAAGGAGAAAAUAAGCUACCACCUUCUCCCCACCCCCAGCCUGGGUGACACUGUCCUGGGAGAGCCCCGGGGCCUCCCCCAGCCGCAGGGUCUACUUUUUAAUGGGGGAAGGAGAAGUUGGUGACCCUGAACCCCCAAAGGUGGGGGAGGGGUCCCACCAUUCAAAGUGCCUCUGAAGAAACCAGCUUUUUGCACUAAAGCCAAACCACAUCGUUGUCCCCUUGGCCACUGGGGGCCUGGGGUCGGCCAUCCUCCCUGCGUGUCGGUCCACGGACUUGUCCAAGAUGUAACGGGCCCAGCUUUGGGGCCGGUCUGCAAUGCACUUUGAGGGGCGUCGGGAAGAGGGCUCCCCUGCUCGCACUUAGCUCGGGUUCGAGGGCCCUGGGGCUGACCUUUUACCAUGUUCCGAAGCUCAGGUGUCUCACGUCUGGGCUGCACCAGGCGAGGAGAAAAUUAAAGAUUUGAGAUUUUUCCA